ACGCAGCAGCGCUGACGUCGACGUACACAGUCGAGAUGGCAGCUUCGAUGGAGGACGAGUUCGAAGAUGCGCCUGAUGUGGAGCCGCUGGAGCCAACCCUGAAGAACAUCAUCGAGCAGAAGUCUUUGAAAUGGAUUUUCGUUGGCGGGAAAGGUGGUGUCGGUAAAACGACGUGCAGCUGCAGCUUGGCCGUGCAGCUGGCUGCGGUCAGGGAGAGCGUCCUGAUCAUCUCCACCGACCCGGCCCACAACAUCUCUGACGCCUUUGACCAGAAGUUCUCCAAGGUGCCCACAAAGGUCAAAGGCUACGACAACCUGUUCGCCAUGGAGAUUGACCCCAGCCUGGGCGUGGCGGAGCUGCCCGACGAGUUCUUCGAGGAGGACAACAUGCUCAGCAUGGGCAAGAAGAUGAUGCAGGAGGCCAUGAGCGCGUUUCCCGGGAUCGACGAGGCCAUGAGCUACGCAGAGGUCAUGAGGUUAGUGAAAGGAAUGAACUUCUCGGUGGUGGUCUUCGACACCGCCCCCACCGGCCACACGCUGCGCCUGCUCAACUUCCCCACCAUCGUGGAGCGAGGUCUGGGCCGCCUCAUGCAGAUCAAGAACCAGAUCAGCCCCUUCAUUUCUCAGAUGUGCAACAUGCUGGGUCUGGGUGACAUGAACGCAGACCAGCUGGCGUCCAAGCUGGAGGAAACGCUGCCGGUCAUCCGCUCCGUCAGCGAGCAGUUCAAAGACCCCGAACAGACCACCUUCAUCUGCGUGUGCAUCGCCGAGUUCCUCUCCCUCUACGAGACGGAGCGGCUCAUCCAGGAGCUGGCCAAGUGUCGCAUCGACACGCACAACAUCAUCGUGAACCAGCUGGUGUUCCCCGACGCCGAGAAGCCCUGCAAGAUGUGUGAAGCGCGCCACAAAAUUCAGUCCAAGUACUUGGAUCAGAUGGAGGACCUUUAUGAGGAUUUCCACAUAGUCAAGUUGCCUCUUCUGCCCCACGAAGUGCGAGGAGCUGACAAAGUUAACACCUUCUCCAAGCAACUUCUGGAACCCUACAAGCCUCCAAACAAGUGAUCCUCCCCGCAGACGCCUCCUCCACCCUGACGCCUCCUUCCAGCCGCCCUCAGAUCCUCACGAAGCCUCAGCGCAAUCCGCUCCGUCCCCCCCCCGCAGGGAGGGGACCCCACCCGCAGCACUGCGACGGCGCCGCCCAUCCCGUCCUCCGGUCUUCAUCGGUCUCGGUGUGUUUCCACAUCUGAUCAACAAGCCCCGCCCCCUCUGCUGUGCACUUGUUGGUGAUUCCAGUGAACGUGUUUUUUUAUUUCCAAAUAAAACUGUUUUUUGACCUCUCCAUAUUCUGAGCAGACGCGUCUGCGCAGAUCAGAAAGCAGGUCUCUCCGGCCGCCGUGGCAGCAGACGUGUCCCCGCCUCUCUGCGCUCGUGGCGUUAAAGCCGGCGCUCACCAGUGACAUUUGGAAUGAAGCUAAACGGCGGGCGUCUUACCCAUACGGGGAUGGUUUCCACUCAACAUCCCUGCAUUGAUUGUCCUUCAGCAAAGUGCUCAGCCACGGGACCGUGACACCUGAGAACACAGAAAUGUGCAGGUAGAACGCAGGUCAACUCCUCCUCUGAAACUCCCCUCUUCGUCAACGAAGGCUUCUGAGUCGGCGAGAAUCUUUUUCUAUAGGUUUUCUUUAAGUGAAACUGGCAGUGAGAAUUAAACGCAGUUGCCUCAA